UAGUGUGUAUGAAUCCACAGUUUCUCAUCUCGCGCAGGAACUAAGGCAUCCUUGACAACAAUCGCCGGUUGACUGUUGUUUGUGUGUUGACGCUUUUGUUUACUUUUUGUGCUUUCCCGACCGUUCAUUUUAUUCAUAUAGUGUUUUAAACAUUCAAAUAAUCGUUUUAAAAACGUUUAACCACAUUAUAGCAGAAAAUUCUCUCGGUCCCACCAUUUGCCGCCCCAUAUCACUCAAGUUGUUUUUUUGUAACGUGACAUGCAUCUGUAAAGGGGUUGUCAAGCUUAAAACAUCUACAGCGGCUCCAUGGAACCCAGUAACGAUGUGGCGCUUGAUAUCAUCGUUUCCAAUGUCGUAUCUGUCUUCAGAACCAGGUGCCAUCUAAACCUGCGUACCAUCGGCCUUGAGGGGACUAAUGUCAUCUACAAGCCUGAAGUGGGAAAGGUCCUGAUGAAGCUGCGAAAACCACGUAUUACUGCCUCUAUAUGGUCAUCAGGGAAAAUUAUUUGCACUGGAGCAACAAGUGAGGAGGAAGCCAAACUGGGUGCUCGACGGUUGGCCCGCUGUCUGCAGAAGAUUGGAUUCAAGGUGAGAUUCUCAGACUUUAAGGUUGUCAAUGUGCUGGCUGUGUGCUCCAUGCCUUUUCAAAUCCGUCUCAUUGAGUUCACUAAGAAUAAUCGGCCCAUUGCCAGCUAUGAACCCGAGAUCCACCCUGCUGCGUCAUACAGAAUCAAAAACCUCAGGAGUACAGUGCAGGUGUUUUCCACAGGCAAUAUCACUGUUACAGGACCAAAUGUUCAGAGUGUGGCAUCUGCCGUGGAGCAGAUUUAUCCUCUGCUGUUUGAGUGUCGGAAAACACUGUCAUAAACCACACACACACAUGCGUAGGCACCGGUUUGAAAUUAAAAGCACCUUAUCAUUGAAUGUUCUUAAGGCUUGUAACUGUUGUACUGUAUGUGUCUCCAAGGCAGCUUUUGCCAUUUCACGUCCAAGCGGGUCUAGGUCGUGUGUUUUCAGAGUCAUGCCUUUGAACGUUGACUUUGGUGUUCGGACCCCAUGACAAUUACAGACGACCUCUUAAAGCUCAGAAGAGGACCAUUAGUGCAUUGACAUUGUGUUGCUGGCAUUGUGUAGUUUAUAAACACUUGAAUUAACUGUAUUAUAAUGCAUGGACACCAAAGUAAAAACUGGCAAGCAGUGAUAUUUAAAGAUCGCAUUUUACUGAUUUCAGUUUCAACUUCUUGGAAAUUUUAACUUAAGUUGAUUCUAGUGAUGUCUUCACGGCUCAUUUAAUGAUACUAUAAGUCAGAAGCAAGAGGUUAAAGGGCAAACACUUCACAUUUAAACAGCAGGUGAUGCAUAUCUGUUGUAUGCUGUGGACAAGAACACUCUGGGUUGUUAAGGAGUCUUUGGUCCAUAUGUUUAUGUAAUAUGUGAAAAAUUUUUGUAUUUUAUAAUAAACAAAAUAAAAAAAUAACCCCUA